CCGGGGGUGGCGGGGAGGGGGGGGUGAGAGGAGCAGCCGCGGGGCGGGCGGGGCCGGGGGAGGAGCCAAGCGGGGGCAGAGGCGGGGCAGAGGAUGGCGCGGGCAUGGGGGAAGAGAGAGACACCGACACAGAGAGAGAGAGAACAGAAGACACGUGAGCGUGAGCCAGGCCCUCCCUCCGCGCCGCCUCCCGGGCGCCGGGCACCCCCAGGGGGGUCCGGGUGGGGCCGCUGCCAGGGAACAGGCCCUGCGCCACGCCAGCCCCCUCCCUGGCUUCAGACCCUCCGCCCACUCAAGUGCCCUGAGCCCCGGGCCUGCGCUCCCCUCUCCGGGGCCCCACCCCCACCCCACCAGGUGUUCAAGUCUAGGUUCUCCCGCCUCCUGCAUUGCUUCCUCCUGACUCCCUACCCACUCCCUCCAGCAGCCCGGGCUGUGCACUGCACAACUCCAGGGGGCCUAGCUGUGCACUGCACAACUCCAGGAGGCCCAGCUGUGCACUACACAACUCCAGGAUGUCCAGGCUGUGCACUGCACAACUCCAGGGUGUCCAGGCUGUGCACUGCACAACUCCAGGAGGCCCAGCUAUGCACUACACAACUCCAGAGUGUCCAAGCUGUGCACUGCACAACUCCAGGGGGCCCGGCUGUGCACUGCACAACUCCAGGGUAUCCAGGCUGUGCACUGCACAACUCCGGGGGGCCUGGCUGUGCACUGCACAACUCCAGGGGGGCGGCUGUGCACUGCACAACUCCAGGAGGCCUGGCUGUGCACUGCACAACUCCAGGAGGCCUGGCUGUGCACUGCACAACUCCAGGGGUCUAGGCUGUGCACUGCACAACUCCAGGGGGUCCGGCUGUGCAUUGCACAACUCCAGGGGCCUCAUUUGCGAGGCGGACGCAGAUGCUGCCUCCUGGAGUCUCAGUGCCGCUGCCUGCCCUCCACACUCCAGCUCCCUGCCCACCCCCCGCCCUCCCUGUCCUCCUCAGGUGGGGGGUCCUACGCCUCUCUCCCAGAGGGGUCUGGAGGGGCUAGGCUGGGAAAGACAGAGAGAGAGAAGAGGAAAGACAGGAAGAGUGGAGGUGGUGAGAGACGGAGGGAGCCAAGGCAGCAGUGAAGGGAGGCAGGGAAGGAGGCUGGGGAGUGGACUCAAACGAGCACUGGACUUGGGAGUCCAAAGCCUUGGUUUCGAGGCACAGCUCUGCCGUCUGCUAGCUGUACCCACCGUGGGCCCAUCGCUUCGGGGGGAGGAAAAUGGGCGCCCCCCGCCCCUCGCCCCAGGGUGGGAGGCUCGGGUGCAGCCGCUGGAAGCCCAGAUGUGGGUGGAAGCAUGGUGGGGGGUCCUGAGUGGGGGGGUGAGGUGGGGAGGGUGGAGGACAGGGGGGAGGCAGGGAGCCCGCGGGACGUGCGUCCUGUGCUCUCCAGCCCCCAGAGCGGCCCCCGAGAAGGCCCCGCAUCCCCCUGCCUGGAACCCCCAAGAAUGAACCCCUGGGCCCCCUCGAGGCCGCUCGUCCCUGAGCUGUCCUCCUGCCGCUAACCCCGGGGUCCGCCUGGGCCUGGGGGCAAAGGGGUGAGCCCCCCCACCCCGCUGCGGCCUGGACAUGCUACCGGGGAGGUGCGGGGAGGGGCGCUGGCAGCGGUGCGGGCGGGCGGC